AAGUGACCCGGAAUAAAAAUGUAAGCACUCUUUCCAGACUUUCUCUGAUCCUGUAUGGAUACGUCCCAGUUUAAAGCUUGAAACAGCUGCAUUUCGGCAUUUAAAAUUACUUUCUUGUCCAUCUGACAGAAUUUGUUAUUGUUGCUGCUGUGUAACAAAGCCAACAUAGCAAGAGUAAACAUGGAAGCCUUGCUUAAAAAAGAGCUGGGAACUUCGAUACUGAAAGCCUCGGGCCAUUCAGGAUCGGGCUGCAUCAGCGAGGGACAGAGCUACGACACUGACAGCGGACGGAUUUUUGCGAAAAUAAACCACAAGAGCGAGGCCAGGCUCAUGUUUGAUGGAGAAGCAGCCAGCUUGGAUUCCAUCUUGAAGACAGAGACUGUGAAAGUGCCAAAACCAAUGAAGGUGAUUGACCUCAAGACUGGUGGUGCAGUGUUCGUCAUGGAGCAUAUGGAUAUGAGGAGCCUGCACAAAUAUUCUGCGCAGCUGGGGGAGCAGCUGGCCGAUCUGCACUUGCACAAUCAGAGGCUGAGAGAACGGAGGGACAAGGAAGAACAAACUGUUGGGAAAGGAUCAGGCCAGUCUGAUGUUCCCGUCAUUGACAAGUAUGGGUUCCAGACGCCCACCUGCUGUGGUUACCUGCCGCAGGUGAAUGACUGGCAGAGUGACUGGGUGGCCUUCUUCACCCAGCAGAGGCUGCAGCACCAGCUGGGUCUGUUGGAGCAGUCCUGUGGAGACAGGGAGGCAGAGGAGCUAUGGACUCAGCUGCAGCUUAAGAUCCCCAAGAUGUUUGAGGGGGUGCAGGUGUACCCCGCUCUGCUUCACGGGGACCUGUGGUCGGGCAAUGUGGCCGAGGGUUCAGGCGGCCCCGUCAUCUUUGACCCUGCCUCCUUCUACGGCCACGCUGAGUAUGAACUGGGCAUCGCUGGGAUGUUCGGUGGGUUUGGGAGCUCCUUCUACUCUGCCUACCACAAGAAGCUUCCCAAGGCGCCCGGGUUCGAGAAGAGGAAGCAGCUCUACCAGCUCUUCCACUACCUGAACCACUGGAACCACUUUGGCAGCAGCUACAGGGGAUCCUCACUGCGCAUCAUGAGGGACCUCCUCAAAUAGGCAUUGCCUCUGCCUGAAGGACCUGGAGGUGGCUGCCCUUCUCACUGCCUGAAGGCCAGAGCAGGGUUUAAAUUGGCGAAGCCCAUUUUGCACAGCAGAAAUAUUUCCGUUAUACACAUCUAGAGAUGCGACUGACAGUCCCUGUGUAAGCAUUUCAGUGAGGUGAGAAGCAUUCCAAAUGGCCAUUUUAAAGGCUUCCAGGUGGCCUCUGUGGUGACUAAACUAAUUAUUUAAAUGACAACUGUCUGUUUAAAAAACUGAUAAUGCUUCAUUACAUUACAUUAUUGGCAUUUGGCAGACGCUCUUAUCCAGAGCGACGUACAACAAAGUGCAUACCCAUAACCAGGGAUAAGUGCACUUCAAACAACAGAUGUAUGUUCAUCAUUCCAUUUAACACUGUUAGGUGAUUAAAUUCAUUAUAAUCAAACUUUGCAGUGUGUUAGAUUACCUUGAAGUAUUACAAGUUUGUUUUUUUAAAUGUGAUAGUUUAAUUUUAUUUAUUGAAAAAUGUAGCACACCUUAUGGGGUCAUUGCUGUCAUCCACUUAACCCUGUGCAGGAAAAUAAUCCUAAUGAGUCUAAUGAGAUUGACAUCCUAUCAUUUUCGGCUGUAAACACCCCCAGACAUUAUCCCAGAUGACUAAAGAAACAUUUGACAUCAGGUUCUGGUUGAUGUUACUGGGUUUAUGAAUUGUAGUGUAAUUUAAAAUAUGAAUACUGCAAGCUAAUAAAAUACUAUGUAAAUUCUG